AUGUACACUGCGGCCGUGAUUGUAUUCGGUGUUGGAGCCACAUAUGCUUCAGUACCUCUGUACCGUAUGUUCUGCGCGGCCACUGGUUUCGCAGGCACGCCGCAGGUCGGGAUGGGCAGAUUCGAAGCCGACCGCCUUGUCCCUGUGGAAGACGCGAGACGAAUCAAAGUGCAUUUCAACGCUGAGAAGUCCGAUGCGCUUCCUUGGACCUUUAAGCCUCAACAGAAGUUUGUCAGCGUGCUUCCUGGCGAGACUAGUCUGGCAUUCUACAAAGCAAAGAACAAUUCGAACGAGGACAUCAUCGGGAUUGCAACAUACAACGUCACUCCUGACAGGAUUGCACCUUACUUUGGCAAGGUAGAGUGCUUCUGUUUCGAAGAACAAAAGCUGCUUGCAGGGGAAGAAGUAGACAUGCCCCUUCUGUUCUUCAUCGACAAGGACGUCCUCGACGAUCCUGCGUGUAGAAAUCUGGAUGACGUCGUUUUGUCCUAUACGUUCUUUAAGGCAAAGAGGAACUCCAAGGGGCAUUUGGAGCCUGACGCGCCUGAAGAUGUCGUGCAGGCUUCACAAGGUUUCGCUGGAUACGAGAUGGCACCGAAAGUGGAGGAUAGGCCGAAACCUACCAGUGAAUCGUCGUAG